AUGAAAAUCCUAUUUCUUUUUUUUGUAAUUUUUUCAUUUUUCAACAUCAUUAAAAUAAAAGGGAGAAAACACCUUGAAGAAAAAUGUUUCAACGGAGUAAACCAUUCAGAAGAAAAAUAUGAAGAUUUGGAUGACAUUCCACAAAAGAAAUUAAUUGAAAGUCUUAUGGUUAAUGUUGAAAAUUCAGAUAAAGAUGAAAAAAAUAUAAAUAAAUAUAAUAUAUUUAAUUAUUUAUUAAAAGCAUCAUUAGAUUUAUUGUUAAUCAAACCAAUUGCAACAAUUUUAAACUAUAAUUCGUAA